UUGAUAUAGGUAUUAAUUUCUCUACGGAUGCAGAAUAAGAGCGGGGUAGAUGUGUAUUUCGGGUGGUCGCAUUUUCCGAAUCCAUGGUUCGUACAAAGUGAAGCUUUAUCAUUGAUUUUGAGAAAAUUCUCUGUGAAAGACCGAUUUAACACUUCCCGAUCAUCGGAUCAAUUAUUGUCAUACCUAUUGACCUCCAACACUGCAUUUACCCCGAUCUCCUCUAUCGGACAACCUUAAACGGCGCAAGCUUACUUAAGUGGGGAGACCUUAACAUCGCUCUACAGCAAACAUCCCAUGCCAUACCUUAUAUAUGUCAUACUCCUUCCCCAUCCAUAGAGUACUAGGUAUCUUUAUAAAAAUGGCACCGAAGAACAUUCUCCUCAUUGGAGGCCAUGGGCGCACCGCUCAACUCCUCACGCCUCUCCUCUUAGCACGCUCAUGGAACGUAACCAGUCUCAUUCGCACAGAGGCACAACGCGAUGCUAUUCUGCAAUUAGGGAAAGGCCAGCCAGGAAAGAUUGAUGUCCUGAUUAUAGAUCUCGAGACGGUGAAAACGGAAGAUGAUGCGAGGGUGAUUAUAGACAGGGCGAGACCGGAUUAUGUCGUUUGGGCCGCUGGCGCCUCAGGCAAAUCCGACCCCAAAACCAUCUACGCCGUCGACCGCGACGCCGCCAAAUCGCUCUUCCGCGCCUCCGUCUCAACACCCACCAUCACCAAAAUCCUCUCCAUCUCGCACCUAGGCAGCCGCAAAGCCCAUCCAUCAUGGUGGAGUGAAGAAGAAUGGAAAUACAUCCAAUACGCAAACAGCCUGCAUUACGACACGUAUCUCGCAAAGAGCGAAGCAGAUGAACUAUUCACUGCUCUCGCGAGACGACGCGUAGUGGAAGGUGGCGAUGAGGCAUUUCAGGGUAUUCUGCUGAGACCUGGUCGAUUAGCUGAUGGAGAAGCUGAGGGGAAGGUGGAUUUAGGUCAGUGUCGUCCUGGGAGGCCGGUCACGAGGGCUGAUGUCGCUAUGGUGGCGAAUGAGUUGCUUGCGAGGGAGGAUACGUGGGGAUGGGCGGAUAUAGCAGGGGGAGAUGAGGGUAUUGGUCAUGCGGUGGAGAGGGUAGGGACGAGUAGGCCCCGUGUUGAUGCUAUUGAGGGUGAGGAUUUGGACAGGAUUUAUUCUUUGAAAUAGGAAGUUUGCGGUGCGCGUCGUAAAUAGAUUUUCAGAACUUCAGGUCACAUAUAGGGUCAGUGUUUGGAAUAUUGGUACCUAUGUACUGGUUCUAUGGAGAAUAUAAUGGAGCGCCAUCAGCGCCUUCGAAUGCUCUAGUUUGUAUACCAUACUCUGUAUAGACACUCCAUCACUUUAAAGCAAUUGAUCGUAUUUAAAGAGAUAGAUAAUUCCAGUUCCUGCUAUUUUAUGGAAUCU